UACCAACGAGCAGUGACCCAGUAUGUGACGAGAAACUCCGUACAAUUCGAUCCUAUCGACUUCGACAUCACCGAUCUCAGUGGUUGUCGCAUCAUGCAAGCCAGCCUCUAUCCGGAAGGCAUGAUGUUGAAUGAAGGAAAACGAAAAGUAUGCGAUGUGACGCUAGUGAAUGACGACGAUUCACCUAGCUUUAUCGCAAAAAUUUCACAUCCAGUAACGGGUAUGACGGUGUAUGAGAUGCGUGAAAUUGGUGACAUUGUCACGAUACAAGCAAAUACGGAUGAAAUGAAUGGUACUCGAAUCGAAGCGAUCCGACCCACAUGGCUCAACAUACUGUUCACUUGUGGAUGUGCUUUCACACGACAAAAAUGGAACCUGAUCACCCAUGACAUCGUCACGGCCAUUGUCGAGCCGAAGACCUCCUUUUUCGAAGAGAACUCCGUGAAAGUG